AAAAAUAUUAAAUAUAGAAAUAUAAAAGCCUAUAGAGAAGAGAAAUGAAUUUGUAAUGACAACAGAAGGAAAAGGUGUUCAGAAAGAAAAACCACUCAAGAGGGAAAUCGUGCUAAACACUCUAAGGAAGUAAUCUUAAAGGAGACCUAGAUUGAUAAGCUCUCCUAAUUCAAAAAAGUAAUAUUAAAUAUCGAAAUAGAGAUGCAUGUUUUACCAGAAGCCUUCAACUUGUUCAAAAUGUGCGGUUUUUGGUGUCCCGUUGAAUAUGAUACUUGGAAAAGGAUUCUAUACUUCAUUUACACGGCAACAAUGGCGGUGCUUAUCAAUUCCUUUGUGAUAUCUGAAGUUAUUGAGAUUAUCCUUAAUCAUAAUGAUGUAGAUGAAGUAAUAGAGAUUACUUAUGUGCUCCUCAACAAACUAAGUGCUUUGUGCAAAAUUUCCGUGAUUUUGGGUCGACGUGGGAAAAUUAUUUCAUUGUUGAAAAUGUUGUUGGUGGAACAGUGCAGACCUCGAGACUCAGAGGAAUUAAGGAUACAAAAGAAUUAUGACGAUACGGCAAGGUUCGUCGUUCUAUUUUACGGUUCCUUUUGUUUAACCGGCGCAUCACUUAUGGUGUUGGGACCAUUGUUCGAAAUUUCCAACAAUCGAAUUUUGCCAUUCAAGGCAUGGCUACCAUAUGAUCCACAAUCUUCGACGCUAUUUGUUAUUUCAUAUGUUCAUCAAGGUGUUGCCGUAAUUUGUUCGGCACUUAUGGGAGUUGCGACGGAAAGCUUUGUUGCUGGAUUAUUAUUGCAAACUUGUGCCCAGCUGGAAAUUUUGCAACAUCGACUGCAGCGAUUGUCAGAUUCUUUCGAAGGUCAGAAUUCUGGAUCGACACCCUUAACGAAGUGCAUUUAUCAUCAUAUUUAUAUUUUCAAAUUUGCUGACACAAUACAGGCGAUCUUCAGUCCAGUUGUGUUUGUUCAAUUUUGUGCAAGUUCAAUGGUUAUUGGUAUGAGCGUCUACCAACUCACAAAGGAAGAAAUUAGUAGAUCGGAAUUCUCGUCAACUGCCAUAUACCUGUUUUGCAUGAUGGUUCAAAUUUUACUCUAUUGUUGGUUUGGAAACGAGAUGACGAUUCAGAGUAUUAAUGUUGGAGAUGCAGCUUAUAAAAUGGAUUGGAUGCUUCUCGACAAUGCUGCAAGGAAAGACAUAUUGAUGCUCAAAAAACGGUGUAUGAUCCCUAUCAAGUUUGUCAGUGGAUCAUUGUUUACAGUUUCUAUCGAAGCCUUUAUUGCUAUCCUUAAAGUAACUUAUUCAUCGUACAAUUUGCUUCAACAAACAGCUGAUAACACUAAACCAAGAUUAAACAAUUAAAUGAUAUGAUCCCUGCAAAUGUAAUUGGCACAUAUAUAUUAAAUCGCAUUUGUACACUAAUCGAUAUGGACAUGACCUGGAUUAACUAAACUGUGUCU